GUGCAUCUGAGAGAAUGGCAGAGUAUGACAAGGAUGACAUAAAGAGGUACAUUGACAUCAUCAAAGAGGUGGGGAAAGAGUAUAAAAUAGCCCCAGCUCUCAUCUGUGGCAUCACCUCAAGAGAGACCAGAGGUGGGAGAGCAAUCUCUAACCCGUCCCCAACAAUCACCCAGCCCAGGCUGGGGGACUCUGGAAAUGGCUUUGGGCUAAUGCAGGUUGAUGUUAACCCAAAUGGCGACAACCACAAGAGAAGGGGUGAAUGGGACAGUAAGGAACAUCUUGAACAAGCCACUGGGAUUCUAAUUCGUUUCAUCAAAAGAAUCAAAAACAAGUUUCCUGAAUGUACCAAGGAGCAGCUUAAAGUUCAUAUCAUGAAAGAGAUAGUAGCUUUUGGACUCCCUAUCAUUGACCAGCAUCCAGACCAUGGAAUGACAGAGGAUCCGAUAGGUUACAUUGUGUAGUUCAACUCUUUUAAACUUCCUCAGGUGUUGGACCAUUCAGUAACCUGCUAUGAUGAUUAAUGAUACAUUCACAAUAUGUUAUACACAAUGUAAUAUGAAGGUUUAGUUUGACGCAUUUGUCUAACAUUGUAAUUGCAACGGUUUCUUUUCUAGUUCAGUAGUCUGGUUUUUCCAAUCAACAUGAAGAUCAAUGUAAUGAGGAAUGUGUAAUCGUUAACAUUGUGUUAAAAAAAAUAUAUUAUAAUGUUAUGUUUGAGUCAUAAGAGGCAGGCAGGCAUCAGGCAAUAAAGCCUCAUGUAACAACUUUUUUGAUUUUUUUUGAUUUAUUAUAUUUUUAAGUGUUUGAAAAAUAUUUUAAAAAU